AACUAUACAUUAAGGAAGAGGUCCUUGGAUUGUAAACUCUGCUGGUAGCAAAUUAGCUUGCUAGGUGAAUCUGAUGGAAAAAUAACAGAGUUUGGUCGUUAAAUCAGCGUUAACCAUGUCUGCAAGAAACCCGGGAAUGCCCCUUGACCUGGAGUGGGUGUCCAGGGUGCGGGUGAACACCCAGGCAGUGCUGAAGAGAGCUCAGCAGAUCCAGGGACGCAACAAGAACAAGAAACAGUGGCAGGCGGCGUGGCUUCUGCGGGCGGUCACCUGUAUUGACCUGACGACCCUGGCUGGUGACGACACGCCCGGCAACGUCCACCGGCUGUGUAUGAAGGCUACCCAGCCUGUACGCAACGACCUGCUGAAGAGCAUGGACAUGCAGGACAAAGGUGUGACUACUGCAGCAGUGUGCGUGUACCCGUCUCGUGUGGCUGAUGCUGUGAAGUCACUGAAAGCAGCCAACUCCAGCCUACCUGUCGCCUCAGUGGCGACAGGCUUCCCUGCGGGCCAGACCUCUCUGAAGACCAGGCUGGAGGAGGUCCGUAUGGCUGUAGAGGAUGGAGCUAUGGAGAUAGAUAUAGUGAUUAACAGGACUCUGGCCCUCACUGGACAGUGGGAAGCCGUGUACGAUGAGGUGUGUCAGUUCAGAGAGGCCUGUGGGGAGGCUCACAUGAAGUCCAUCCUGGCUAUAGGAGAGCUGGGGACCUACACCAACGUCUACAAGGCUAGUCUGGUGGCUAUGAUGGCUGGGUCGGACUUCAUCAAGACGUCGACAGGGAAGGAGUCUGUCAACGCUACCUACCCUGUCGCCAUAGUGAUGGUCAGAGCCAUCCGGGACUACUUCCUGAAAACUGGACAUAAGGUUGGUUUUAAGCCUGCCGGUGGGAUCCGUACUGCCAAGGAGUCGCUGGUGUGGCUGACUCUGAUGAAGGAAGAGCUGGGAGACGAGUGGCUGAGCCCUGGCCUGUUUAGACUGGGGGCUAGUAGCCUGCUGGCUGACAUAGAGAGACAGAUCUACCAUUACGUGACUGGACGCUACGCAGCCUAUCACCAGAUGCCCAUGGCCUGAAACCAUGGUUACCAUUUCCAAAGUGACCAAUCCGAAACCUCACCGAACCAGCCUAUCGCUGUGCAGAUUGCGUCCAGGUUCCUGGAAGAGGUCUCUGUACAUGUCAGGAAUGUGUUGAUUUGAGAAGACGAUCAGAUCAAGUGAAGGAAAGAGAACCUGCCAUUUUACUGUAUACAAUACUUCUGGUAUAUCUGCCAUUUUACUGUAUACAGUACUUCUGGUAUAUCUGCCAUUUUACUGUAUACAGUACUUCUGGUAUUUCUGCCAUUUUACUGUUUACAGUACUUCUGGUAUAUCUGCCAUUUUACUGUAUACAGUACUUCUGGUAUAUCUGCCAUUUUACUGUAUACAGUACUUCUGGUAUAUCU